CUGUCAGUCUCUGCCACUGGCUCUCGCGUGUCCUCGUCGUCACCCUGGUCACUCGACUCGUCUGCAAGAUGGUGCACGUGUCUGUGGUGGUCCUGGCCCUUUGUGUCAGUUGUGUGCUUGCGCAGCCCUUUCCCUGCGUCACGCCGACCCAGCUAACGACUCGUGCCAGCCAGUACGACCAUCUCGAUGACGUCAUCAACCGCUACGUCGUCGUCUACGACGCCGUCAAUCAGCGACGAGCCAUCUUCGAAGAGCAAAACGUCGUAAAUCCAGGCAGACAGUUCCGAGAGUACCUCAUCCUCAACAACCUCAACGUCCUGUACGAGAUCAACUUGACAUUGAAGACAUGUCGGCGCUCGGUCCCUCAGCCCUGGCGCCCCUACGGCAUCCCUCCCAACGCCACGUUUGAGACAGAAUACUACAUCGGAGGUCCAGGAGAGCAGCUCCUUGCCCAGGAGUGGUCAGACCGCAUUCCCUACAGGCAGCGCGAAUACUGGAUAGGGGCCUUCAGCGUCCUCAACUGCUACCCAAUCCGCGAAGUCAUCAUCGCCAACGGACAGGUCAACUCCACCGUCAGCACCAAUUUCUAUGACACCGUGGAGGGCAUCUUAAACCCAGAUGACUUCCUGCCACCCGCCGAGUGCCAGAAUGCUACAUGGGUGAAGCCCGAUAUGAUAAAGGUCCCCCGGCUGUAGGCCUUGAUUUGUCAACUCACCACGCUCUCGUUAACCCUCGUCAUUGCGAUGACCAUCAGAUCAAGUUCACCUUUAAUCUUUGGACUGCCGAUGAACUAAAAGAUUAGACUGUAGAUUAAGCAAAACUCUUUUUCGUCUCAGUUUUGAAAUUUAAUCGUAGCCGAUUAAACGACGUUUUCAGAAAUAAUGCCUAUGGAAGGAGGGGGAAGAGAAAUGGUUUUCUUUAAUUAGCUUUCCGGGGAACUUUAUAUCUAAUUUUAAAUGAAAUGCAUUUUCUGCAUGUAACUCCAACCCGAUUUUAAAAUUUACCCAACUGCAAACCGGCGCCUCGUUUUCCCCGUCUCAGCUAGUGAGCUAGCUGAAACUUUAUUUCCAGAAAGAUAGACUAAAGAGGCUGGACAUUUUUUUUUUUUUUCCUUUCCGGAGACAAUAUCUCCGAGUCUCACGAGUCUUUCAGAUGUUAAAGCAAAACCAGCGGCUUUUUGGCUUAAACAUUACAAAACAUGCUCUGCCAACUGCUAAGGCAAUUUAAUUUCGGUUUUCUGUUUGUUUUAAUCGAAUACGAGCUCAGAAGCUUUCUCUGUGAUAGAGUUGAUCAAUUGUGCCAAAAGAAACGAGUGUCAGAAAGAUACUCUAAACCACCCUCGUCUCUCAUUCGGUCAAGAUGUACCCACCAGCACCCUUUCCUUUGCGCGUGUGUGCUUUUUUUUUUUUCUUCAAUGUGUACAGUUUAUCUUAAUAUUUCUUUAAUGUGAUGAAAUUGUACAUUUGUACAUCAAAAACAGUGCCUCUUGUCACCUUGUUUGAGAAUUUCGCUGAUUACUGUUACCCUAGUUACCUUUUGUACUUAUUUGUGUUUCUCCCGCGUGACGUGAAGAGUGGAUCCAAGUCCGUUAACUCUUGCUCCUUGCCCGGAACCUGUGCAAUACUCACGAUGUCGCUUUAGUCCCGGAGGCUCUGGAUGCGUCUGUCAGAUGGCGCACAAGUGUCAUACGGACGGAGCCACAGUCUGUGUGUCUGUGUAUGUGUGUGAAUGUGGAGUCACUCGUGUGUUAUUGGCGUUUUUUGUGAGAAUGAUACGACUGUUUUCUGUUUUUGCUUUUUUUUUUUUAAAAAAAACAAAAGCGAGCAUAUCUCGUUUAUAUAUCGAUCACAACAUAAUCCCCAUUUGCACAUUUUGUAGCUUUUGAAUUACUGUACUGUUUGUGAAUAGCAGGUUUGAGAAGGUGAGAUGUAUUGAGUACGUGAACACAUAACUUUGUACUGCUAAUUAAAAAAAAAGUUUC